UAGUCAAGUAUCAACAAGCAACCUUUAGAAGUACACGCCCCUGCAAAGCCACGCUCGUGUACAAGCUUACUGUACUAGUUAAGAUCAGCAGCUCAAAUGGAUCGAGUUUUCGAUUUUUCUACAUACCUGCCUUGGUAGAGGAUUUGAAGAGCCACCAUGGGAAUGAGAAUGAGAGCUGUACUGCAGUCACAAAAGGAAAGAAGUUUGGGAUGCCUGUGAACACUGCCGGAGCAUUGGUAGUGAGAUUAAUAAGGAGUGGCUUAAUGCCUGUUUCUCAACAUUUGGAUUGUCAGAGAGCUUGUGCACACCUUCAUAUCUCCAAAAGCUGUCAUUCCUGUCUUAAUCUCUUGUAACUGCCAGCAACAAUGGACCUGACUUUGUGGCAGUACCAGUUCAGGAUCAUCAUGCUGGGCGAUUCCACUGUGGGAAAGUCCUCCCUACUGAAACGCUACACAGAGGACUUGUUUAUGGAGUCCAUCAACGAGACAGUAGGUGUUGACUUCUACGUUCACUUCCUGGAGGUGGAACCGGGGGUCCGUGUAAAGCUGCAGUUCUGGGACACAGCAGGACAGGAAAGGUUCAGGUCAGUGACCCGUUCCUAUUACCGCAACUCAGUUGGAGGCAUGCUAGUGUUUGACAUCACCAGUCGAGCCUCCUUUGACCAUAUUAAAGACUGGCAUGCUGAGGUGUGCGAGCGAGUACAGCCACAUAAGGUUCUGUUCAUCCUGGUGGGUCAAAAGAAUGAUCGAGAUGCUCACAGGGAAAGGGCGGUGAGCCGAGAAGAGGCAGAGAAGCUGGCCCAGCAGCUAGGAACGCCCUACGUGGAGGCCUCUGCAAAGUCUGGGCAACAUGUAAAGGAGUGCUUCGAGCUCCUCACUCGACGAAUCUACCAGGGACUAUUGAGUGGAGAGAUCGAGCUGCAAGAGGGCUGGGAUGGAGUCAAGUGCACUGCCCCACAGGCGCUACAGUUACAGCGAGCCAACAUGCCUCAGCCAAGAACAGCAACCAAGGACAAGAAAAAGUGUUGCGGUUAAACUGUGGACAUGUGGUGCCCAUCUAUGUGAACUCACGUGACUGUAAAAGCAAUAAAUAACUGUGAGCAGGUUGGAUCGGUGGUGGCAUUUUACUGUAAGGCACAAAAAUCACAAAACACGCUGGUAUGAAAAGUAUUUUUGCACAUUUUUUGUGAAGAUGAAUCUUUUAGGACUAUAAGAUGAUGGUAUUUUAUUUUGUGUUGGCUCUGUGAAAUAAAAUGGGGAAAUAGGUCAGUUUAGUGUUUCAUUUUUUUCUGUAACAGAUAUUUUUAAACUUUUUGCUUUUUUGCCAUCAGCAGGUCAUGCGCUCGACUCCUGGUGUAUUGAUUAUACUUUAAUGAGACUGAACUUUUCACUGUAAAGCCUAAUAACCUUUCCCAUCUUGAUAUAGCUUCACCAUUAGGUUAAAAUUUAAGUUUGCUCAAUGUCACUUGUAACACUGAGCUCAAAAUAUGCCUUACAAAGUACUCAAAGCUGCUGGUGAAACUGUAGACUUUUAAUAGAAAAAUCUAUAUUCUGUAUUUAUAAGAGAAAUAUGGUAAUUCUCUCUUUAGUGAGAAGCCAGCUCCACAGCAUAUUACGCUAAUGGACUUAUGAGGUCAUGGCUAACCUCGGUUCAGCAGGGGCAGGGGCUGUAAUAUGACAAGUUGUUUGUUCUUUUCUCUAAUUUGUCUAAUGGGUGCUAAAGAUGUAAUUGUGUCAGAGCCACAAUUAUUCAAAAGUGAGAGAAAUGAACAAAUCUCAAUUAUUGAAUUCUCUACCUCGAGACCCGUACACUGGUAAAGUGGUUCCACCAGCUUGGAGGUUGAGGAGACGAGGUAGUCUGCACAGCUCGUGUCCACACAAAGACAUUACAAAAAGCGGUUUGCAAGCAGGUUUAUCAAAAGUGGGGUCAAAAGUGAGAGGAUUGGAGCCACUGCUCCACAAAGGUAUUCUGUAUUUUCUUUUGAACCAAUUUCUGGGAUGCAUAUCUGAGAUUCUGUCUAUAUUGUUUGUUCUGCCAAUAACUGGCAGCUAUUAAGGUACUUUGUCCCUUGGUUGAAAUUACAAAUAUUGUCUUGAGCCUUCAUUUGUCUCUUGAAUUAUUCUUAUGAGCCUAACAGUUGUCUUGUAACAUGACUAGUAAACAUCCUGUGAGUAACUGGUUGUCUGUAGGUGUUUCUGUGGAAAUUCAUUAAACUCUCAGGUGCAUAUAUUAAAUUGGGGUUUUCCCCCCCAGCGUCUCUGCAACUAAAACAAGGUCAUUAAAUGAUGGCUGGUAGCCAUCUGCUGUUUCCGAA